CGUCUCGCGCUCUCCGUCUGUCUCGAGCGCAGAAACAAGCCGGAGGAUCAAAGAGCCGAACUCACCUGUCUGAACUCUCACCUGGCCGCGCGCCGCAGUCCCUCCGUGUGCGCGUGAGCGCGUGUUGGAGCUCGAGGGAAGUCCAGAACCCCUGAGGAAGAGGAGGAGGAGGAAGAGGAGGAGGCUCGGAGUUCUCCGGAGUUUUCCCAGAUCAUGGAGCGGACUGGAAGUUUCCCGCUGCCCGCGGUUCUCCUCCUGGUUCUGCUGGGAGUUCGGGGAGCGCGAGCCGACACCUUCCAAGCAUGCCUGGCCGGUCAGGGUCCAGACUGCACUCUGGUCCAAUCCAAGGACGACGAUUUUGACUGGGAGCAGGGCGACACCAGAGGACGGCCCAACAGCAGCCCAUGGAUCCCUGCAGGUACUUCCUUCCUGUUUGUUAACACAUCGGGUCGCUACAGCGGCCAGCGCGCCCAGCUGCUGCUGCCGCCGCUCCGCGAGAACGACACGCACUGCCUCAGCUUCCAGUUCUACCAGACGGGGGGCCGCGAGGGGGCCGCGCCCGCUACACUCAAUGUCUACGUCACAGAGAACAACAGCCCUCUAGGAGUUCCCGUCAUUAACUCUUCUGGCCCCGCCUACCACAUCUGGAAAGGGGUGGAGCUUGCUGUAUCCACUUUCUGGCCAAAUCACUACCAGGUUCUGUUUGAGGCGGUCAGCACCGGGCAGAGAGGAGUCCUGGCCAUCAGAGACAUCACUCUGCAGGGACACCAGUGUAUGAGUACACCCCACCCACUGCACCUUAAGGCGGUGGAGGUGAACGCCGGCCAGACGGCCUCCUUCCAAUGCACGGUGAACGGCCAGCCGCAGCGCCACCUGCUGCUCUACCUGCAGGGCAUGGGGGGUCGGCAGGCCGUUGCCAAGGAGACCAGGCCGGUGAACCCGCGACGUUACGUGGCGAGCUUCGAUGUCAAGAACACGACCAAAGGCGACACGGGACGCUACCGCUGCAUCGUCCAAUCAGAUCGAGGCGUGGGCGUGUCCUCCUACGCUGACCUCACAGUCAAACAACCACCGGUACCAAUUGCCCCACCUCAGCUCACUGCGGUCGGCGCCACCUACCUCUGGAUCCAACUCAAUGCCAACUCCAUCAACGGAGACGGACCCAUCAUCGACAGAGAGGUGGAGUACCGUACGACGGCAGGCAUGCUGAUCGACACCACGCCUGUUGACAAGCCCACUCACAAGAUCGGACACCUGGACCCAGACACAGAGUACGAGAUCAGCGUUCUACUGACCAGGCCCCUGGAAGGAGGGACGGGAAACCCCGGGCCGCCGCUCAGAGCCAGGACCAAGUGUGCAGAUCCGAUGCACGGCCCGCGGCGCCUCCUGGUGGCAGAUGUUCAGUCCAAACAGGUGACGGUCCGAUGGCAGCCGUUCGGAUACAACGUGACGCGCUGCCACCGCUACAAUUUGACGGUGCAGUACCGCUACCGGCCUGCAGGAGCCACCAGGGAGGUGAAGGAGCAGGUGGGGGAGGAGGUGGUGUCAGAAACAAUGAGCCCACAGCCGCAGCACACUGUGCGUAACCUUCCGCCAUUCACCAACGUCAGCCUGAAGCUGUUGCUAAGCAACCAGGAGGGACACAAGGAGAGCGAGGAGCUGCUGGUGCUGACCGACCAGGACGUGCCUGGUGCGGUCCCGGUGGACUCCAUCCUGGGCCGCAGCUAUGAGCAGCAGAUCGGGCUGAGCUGGAGGGAGCCGCUGCACGCCUACGGCCUGAUCCGCCACUAUGAGAUUACCUACAAAGCUCUGAGCUCCUUCGACACGGAGUUCGACCUGGCCAAUCAGAGCGGCAAGGUGCUGAAGGCGGCCAAUGAGACGAGCCACGUGUUCUCGGGGCUGUCGCCAGGCUCCACCUACUCCUUCACAAUAAGAGCCUCUACCAUCAAGGGCUUCGGGCCCCCAGUCAUCACUCAGUUCACCACCAGGAUCUCUGCCCCCCUGAUGCCACCCUAUGACCAGGAGUCCCCUCUCAACCAGACCGACUCGUCCGUCACCGUCCUGCUGAAGCCCGCUCAGAGCCGCGGCGCCCCCGUCAGUAAGUACCAGGUGGUGGUGGAGGAGGAGCGCCCCCGGAGGCUGAAGAGAGGAACUGCAGAGAUCCUGCGCUGCUACCCGGUUCCCAUCCAUUUCCAGAACGCCUCCCUGCUGAACUCCCAGUACUACUUCAGCGCUGAGCUGCCCAUGGCCGACCUGAGGAGCCCCACGCCCUUCUGCAUUGGAGACAACAGAACCUACGGCGGCUACUGGAACGCGCCGCUGCUGCCGCACAAGAGCUACGGCGUCUACUACCAGGCUGUGAGCUCGGCUAACGGGGAGACAAAGAUCGACUGUGUGAGAGUCGCCACCAAAGCUGCCAUAAUCGCCACCCAGCUCACCACGCCGUACGUUGGCGUGGCCCCGGCGGCGGGCGACAAGCAGCUGACAGGAACGGCGACCAGGAAACCAGAACCAGAGCAGGAGAAACAGACGGACAACACGGUGAAGAUCGCCGGGUCCAUCGCUGGCGUCCUCCUCUUCAUCAUCAUCUUCCUGGGAGUCAUCCUCCUGAUGAAGAAAAGGAAAUUGGCCAAGAAGAGGAAGGAAACACUGAGCUCCAGACAGGAAAUGACUCUGAUGGUGAACAGCUCCCAACACACAGCCAUGGUGGACACACACACUCUGAAUGGCCGCAACAUGUCAUCUCCGUCUUCUUUCACCCUGAAGACAAACACCAUCAGCACCUCCGUUCCCAACUCCUACUACCCAGACCCAUUCGUACCGACAGCCAUCUUGGUGCCCAUUAAUGACGACAGCAGCCACACCAUGACCAGUGAAACCAGCAGCCUGGUCCAGUCCCACUACAAGCAGCGGGAGGCGGAGCGGGAGGCGCCGCCCUACCAGACGGGUCAGCUGCAUCCGGCCAUCCGGGUCGCCGACCUGCUGCAGCACAUCACCCAGAUGAAGUGUGCCGAGGGCUACGGGUUCAAGGAGGAGUAUGAGAGCUUCUUUGAGGGACAGUCUGCUCCCUGGGACUCGGCCAAGAAGGACGAGAACCGCAUGAAGAACCGAUACGGGAACAUCAUCGCCUACGAUCACUCCCGUGUGCGUCUGCAGCCUCAGGAUGGAAAUUGCGGCUCAGACUACAUCAACGCUAACUAUGUGGAUGGUUACCACAGACCCAACCACUACAUCGCAACACAAGGGCCCAUGCAGGAGACGGUGUAUGACUUCUGGAGGAUGGUGUGGCAGGAGAACUCGGCGGCUCUGGUGAUGGUGACCAACCUGGUGGAAGUGGGCCGGGUGAAGUGCUGUAAGUACUGGCCUGAUGACACUGAGAUUUAUGGCGACAUGAAGGUGACGCUGAUCGAGACGCAGCUGCUGUCUGAGUACGUGAUCCGGACCUUCGCCGUGGAGAAGGUGGGGGAUGAUGAUGAUGAUGAUGAUGAAGGUGAGGCUGUGACCCUCUGUCUCCAUAUUGAAAACCCCUUCUGCCCUCAGAGGGGCGUGGCUGAGAUCAGGGAGAUCCGUCAGUUCCACUUCACCGGCUGGCCGGACCACGGCGUCCCGCUGCACGCCACCGGCCUGCUGGGCUUCAUCCGCUGCGUCAAGGCCAAGACUCCGCCCACCGCCGGCCCCACCGUGGUCCACUGCAGCGCGGGCGCGGGCCGGACCGGUUGCUUCAUGGUGAUCGACAUCAUGCUGGACAUGGCGGAGAGAGAAGGCGUCGUCGACAUCUACAACUGUGUCAGAGAGCUGAGGGCGCGAAGGGUCAACAUGGUGCAGACCGAGGAGCAGUACGUCUUCAUCCAUGACGCCAUCUUGGAGGCGUGUCUCUGCGGAAACACCGCUGUUCCGGCCAAUCAGCUGCGUUCGCUAUACUACGAGAUGAACCGAUUGGACCCCCAGACCAACUCCUGCCAGAUCAAGGAGGAGUUCAGGACCCUCAACAUGGUGACGCCCACCCUGCGUGUGGAGGACUGCAGCAUCGCGCUGUUGCCUAGGAACCAUGAGAAGAACCGCUGCAUGGACGUCCUGCCGCCGGACCGCUGCCUGCCCUUCCUCAUCACCAUCGACGGCGAGAGCUCCAACUACAUCAACGCUGCGCUCAUGGACAGCUACAAGCAGCCGUCGGCCUUCAUCGUUACCCAGCAUCCUUUGCCCAACACGGUGAAGGACUUCUGGCGCCUGGUUCUAGACUACCACUGUACGUCCAUCGUGAUGCUGAACGACGUGGACCCUGCCCAGCUGUGUCCCCAGUACUGGCCGGAGAACGGCGUCCACCGCCUCGGCUCGCUGCAGGUGGAGUUCGUCUCUGCGGACCUGGAGGAGGACGUCAUCAGCCGCAUCUUCAGGAUCUACAACACCGCCAGGCCGCAGGACGGAUACCGCAUGGUGCAGCAGUUCCAGUUCCUGGGUUGGCCCAUGUACCGGGACACCCCCGUCUCCAAGCGCUCUUUCCUGAAGCUCGUCCACCAGGUGGACAAAUGGCAGGACGAGUACGACGGCGGCGAGGGACGCACCGUCGUCCACUGCCUGAACAGCGGCGGGCGCAGCGGCGUCUUCUGCAGCGUCAGCAUCGUGUGUGAGAUGCUGAGGCAGCAGCGCUGUGUGGACGUCUUCCACGCCGUCAAGACGCUCAGAAACAACAAACCCAACAUGGUGGACCUGCUGGAACAAUAUAAGUUCUGCUAUGAAGUGGCUCUGGAGUUCAUGAACUCUGCUUAGCUGGGACCAGCUCGCCCUUCAUCACCUCUUUCUCCUCCUCCUCCUCCUCGUUGUGCUGCAGGAGGAAGAGGAGGAGGAAGGUGUGUCCUGCAUCGUUGGACGGACAGCGAGCAUGGACACCCUGACUGUCCUCUUUGUCGUCUUGUUGGUUUUUCUUGUGUCGUAAACCUGCAUUGAAGCUCCGCCCACCUGUGAUGACCUCAUCCGGUCCAGGUCCGGUUCCUCCAGGUCGGGUCUUCCUGGACGGCAGCAGGACAGCGUCCCACUACGGGACACCUUGACUUGGCAGAAUCAGAACCGUGACUCAGCAGAACCAGUCCUGUCUUCAGGAAGUCUAGUCAUCAGUUUUGCUGCCAUCUUGUGGUUGGCAGCAGAACUGCACCAGCGCCGACCCAAAUACCGGACAUGAUGCUCUAUCCGUUCCUUUUAUCUGCUUGUUUUUUUUUUAUGGAAGUCCAAAGAGACAUGCAUGUUGUAAAUGGUUCCUCCAGAACUCCAGCCGUCCUCACAGAUCCAAAGACCUUCUUCUGGUUCUGGACGGUCUUCCUGCAGACCGUCGGACCCAUCCUCUGCUGGGGGCCCAGCUAUGAGCCAUGUGGGACACCAUCCAUUCAGACAGAGACGGACAGUCUGAAGAGCCUCUUUGAUCGGACCAGAUCGCAGGAACUCUGGUUCUGCUGGUUCUGGUUCUGUUCAGGUGCAGGACCUCAGACUGUUGGACACAACCUUUGGUUGUCAUGGAAAUCAUUAAAAGAUCCUCCGAUUGUGGUGUGGUCAGUGCAUGUUUACACUGUGUAACCUGGAACCGGAUCUAAACCAGUUUAAUCCUGAUCAUACCAGUUCUACAUCAAUUUAACCGGGCCAGCCUCUGGUUCUGAUGAAACCGUCCCUCGUGAGCCCAAUAUUGGAUCAGUUAAUCAGGGGCAUUUACUCUCCCAGGUUUCCAUGGCAACGGCCUGUCGCAGUAGCGUAGUUCACCCUGGAGAACACCAGGGGUCAGUGUUCAUCUUCUGUCUUCUUCCUUGGUGUUUUAUAUCACUGAAACUAACUUGAUCGGACCGGGCCUCACUUUGGACCUUGAUCUGGUCCACUUCUGGCAGUCUGGUCCGUUUGGGCCCGGUCCAUGUGAAUAGUGUACAUAGGGAGUAUUUAUUCCUUCGCUGUCGUCGUUCUUGUGAAGCACAGAGGCUGACAAUCAUGGCAGAAGAUCUUUCUGUUCCAUCAGAACCGCAGCGGCGCCAGCGGUCCAGUCGAAUGGUUCUGACUCUGACCCGGUCGUGACUGGACCCAGUUAAGGCUCGGUUCUGGUGCUGAGAAGAACAUGACUGUAAUGAAAGCUUUUAUUUAUGUUGUAUGAUUCCAAUAAAACUGAACACGCCGCC